CCCUACCUCAUAUUCAACCAUGAAACUCCAAGCCUACCUCACAACACUAGUUUUCUUAUCCUUACUUAUCCCGCUCUUAGUAUCUGCAGCCUGCAAAUGUGCGGACGACGAUGAAGAAGAUGAAAAACGUGACAAAACCAAGGCCUUACCAUUGAAGUUAGCCGCGAUCGCCUCAAUUCUCGUUGCUGGCUCGAUCGGCGUGUGUCUCCCAAUCCUAGGGAAGUCCUUCUCUGCUCUUCGACCGGACAAAGACAUCUUCUUCGUGAUUAAAGCAUUUGCCGCCGGAGUGAUACUAGCGACUGGCAUGAUACAUGUCUUACCAGACGCUUUCCACGACCUAACAUCAAAGCACCUCCCUAAGAAGCCAUGGCAGAAGUUCCCAUUCGCUGGGUUUGUAGCUAUGUUGUCAGCGUUCGCAACGUUGAUGGUGGAUGCAUUUGCAACCGGAUAUUAUAAGAGGUUGCACUUACGUAGGGCGCGAUCUAUCGAUGAUGGAAACACAGAUGUAGAGCUAACCAACAGUCAUUCAAGCCAUGUUAAUGUGCACAUGCACACAAGGAAUGAUCAUUCGCAAAGUACCACGAAUUCGAAUCUAGAUUUGGAUUCAAAUCCAAACUCAACCGAUCUCAUCCGACACCGUGUUGUUUCGCAGGUACUGGAAUUGGGGAUUGUGGUUCAUUCAGUGAUUAUUGGAAUUUCAUUAGGUGCUUCUGAGAGCCCUUCCACCAUAAGGCCUCUUGUAGCUGCCUUGAGCUUCCAUCAGUUUUUUGAGGGCAUGGGUCUUGGAGGAUGCAUAGUUCAGGCGAAAUUCAAGGUCCCUUCGAUGGCUGUCAUGGCACUCUUUUUCUCACUCACCACCCCAAUCGGGAUCGCACUGGGCAUUGCGAUAUCUUCCAAUUAUGAGGAGGAUGAUUCCAAGGCUCUGAUAGUCCAAGGAAUUUUCAAUUCGGCGUCUGCCGGAAUCUUGAUCUACAUGGCACUGGUGGAUCUAUUGGCCGCUGAUUUCAUGAACCCUAGGAUGCAGAGCAAUGUCAAGCUUCAGUUGUAUGCAAAUGCUUCACUUCUUGUAGGGGCAGGUUGUAUGUCAGUCAUGGCUAAAUGGGCUUGAAAUUAUUUAGAACAGUUACUCUUUCCCAUUUGGGUUUUCAUAUAUACAAUGUUAUUUUGAGCAGUUUGGUUCUUAUUUAUCAAUUAGACUUCAUUUUAUAUUCA